CCACAUCCAAAUUUGAAGGAGGGCCUGCGUAAGUUCCCGCGAAAUCGUGUUUAUACCUCAACGCGGAGCUUUUCCCUCAGUUCAAGAGCUUUGUUUACGGGAUCAAAAACCUGCAAUAACGUUAACGAAACUAUUUCAUACUUUGUAGAUAUGCCUAAGAGAUCCUGUCCAUUUACGGAGACAUUCUCCUCACAAUAUAAAAUUCAUGUUAGUCAAAAGGAAUUAAGCAGUCAUGGAGUGUUUGGGAACAUGUACCGACAAGAAAUAUACGAAAAGACGAAGAACUUGCUUUUCAAUGGGACCAAAGCCGUUAUGGACAGACUAUGGAAAGUGAGCGGGGAGGACAAGUCAUGUAAUGGCCAUAUCUCCAAAGAGGCUCCUAUGGCAAAUGGAGCCCACACUCUCCUCAAGGGACAGACUGUGAUUGGAUUCGACGGCAAGCUAAAAAAGACAACAGCUGCUCCAGAUUGUGUCUCCAUGGUUGGUGCGGCAGCUCCCACAGGCUGCAGUGUGUGCCUGAAGGCCAGUGUGUCCAGAAAGCCCUGCUCUCAGUGUGAACGUCCAAUCUGCACCUCCUGCACCCAGCAGUGCAUCGGCUGCACCAGUCUCUGCUGCACCUUCUGUAUCACUGUAGAUUACACUGAUCGGUAUGACAAGGCUUAUUGCUGUAGCUGCUCAUCGUAAUCGAAGACUGAAGGACCAUGAAGCCAACUAAAGGACUGUGGAAUAUGCUUGAACUCUUUUUAAACUGUAAUGAUGCAUUGAAAUCAAUUAUAAGACUAUUUUAUAUGCAUGUUUACGUUUUUACUGCAAUACUUCUGUAUAAAUGUGUACAUUUGUGUGUUUCCUGUAAUAAAGUCUUUAAAGAAG